UAAAAAUGGGGAACACAAGCAGUGAGCGAGCUGGCCUGGAGCGCCACGGGCACAAGGCAUCCCGGGGGGACAGCUCAGGAGGAGCCAUCAGUACCAAAGAGGGUGAUAGACCAAAAAUUUUAAUGGACAGUCCUGAAGAUACAGACUUGUUCCAUUCAGAGGAAAUCAAGGCUCCGUUGGAGAAAGAAGAAUUCCUGGCUUGGCAACAAGAUCUGGAAGUGAAUGAUAAAACUCCCACUCAAGCUCGACCAACGGUCUUUCGCUGGACUGGGGGAGGAAAAGAAGUCUAUUUAUCUGGGUCCUUCAACAACUGGAGUAAAAUUCCUCUGACAAGGAGUCACAAUAACUUUGUGGCCAUCCUGGACCUGCCAGAAGGGGAGCACCAAUACAAGUUCUUUGUGGACGGGCAGUGGACUCAUGAUCCUUCAGAGCCAGUAGUAACCAGCCAGCUAGGUACUGUCAACAACAUCAUACAGGUGAAGAAAACUGACUUUGAAGUAUUCGAUGCUUUGAUGGUGGACUCCCAAAAAUGUUCAGACAUGUCUGAAUUGUCAAGUUCACCCCCAGGACCGUACCAUCAGGAGCCCUAUGUUUGGAAGGCAGAGGAGCGCUUUAAAUCACCACCUAUUCUUCCUCCCCACCUGCUGCAGGUCAUCCUGAAUAAGGACACAGGCAUUUCUUGCGAUCCUGCUCUACUCCCUGAACCCAACCAUGUCAUGCUGAACCACCUCUACGCACUUUCUAUCAAGGAUGGAGUGAUGGUGCUUAGUGCUACACAUCGUUACAAGAAGAAAUACGUGACUACUUUGCUGUACAAGCCAAUAUGAACAUCAUAGGAGUUUGUGACCAAUAGUUCUGGGCCAGUGCAGUCUCAGAAAAAAAAUUCUUCUCUUAACCAAAUGUACUCCUGCUCUGUGCUGUAGCAAAUGAACUCUGAUUUAAUAUUGUCUCUGAGACUUCCAAGUUUUCCUGUAUUUGCCUUAUUGUCC